AAUUUUAGGAUGUGCCAAUCAAGCGGCCAAUGACCAGGAUCAGCCUACUUUCAUGAUAAAGUACGUGAUCGACAUUUUCGAUUAAUACUGUUUAAGAACAGCGAUGCUCAAUGGCUAAUAUUGUAUUUCUUUAGUACCCUUGCUGACCGGCUAGCAGUUAAUUGUGUGUCUCCAAAUACAGUACGGAGAUUCUCCUCAAAGUUAAUAUUAGUCACCUCCAGUAUGGCAUAUAAGCAACAUUUCCCAAUAUUUUAAGUUUAAUUAUCAAGUAUGAAAAAUUAGGUUAAACAUGUUACACACUGGCAGCACGGUGUUACAGGGGUUAGAGCAUGUGCCUCACAAUACGAAGUUCCUGAGUUCAAUCCCGGGCUCGGGAUCUUUCUGUGUGGGGUUUGCAUGUUCUUCCCGUGACUGCCUGGGUUCCCUCUGGUUACUCCGGCUUCCUCCCACCUCCAUAGACAUGAACCUGGGGAUAGAUUAAUUGGCAACACUAAAUUGGUUCAGUGUGUGAAUGUGAGUGUAAAUGUUGUCCGUCUGUCUGUGUUAGCCCUGCAAUGAUAUGGCAACUUGUUCAUGGUGUACCCCGCCUACUGCUCGUAUGCGGCUGGGAUAGGCUCCAGCACCACUCGUGACACUGAAAGGGACAAACGGUUGAAAAUGGAUGGAUAGAUGGAUGUUACACACUAAGAGCAAGCCAGGAGCAGGCAUGCUAAUAACUCGCUUGAAACAACAGAAGAAAAAAAGCACGUAAGGUCUAAGAAGUCUUGUUGUAAUCUUUUUGCAGCAGAAAGUAAGCAACUAUUAACAGGAAGUUAAAAGUAGAUUAUUAAAAGUCUAGAGAUAGGAUAUUUUAUCCACAACUGUUGGUGUGUCAGGUUGUCACCAUUACAGCUAGUAUACAACAUGUAAGAGGGCGGAUCGAUCCAUAAAUUAGUGGUGUCGACACCAAAUGAAGUAUCAGAACAUGAUCAAUACUAGAUUGAUUAGAUCUUUUUUUGCUUCUCAAAACAUAUAUGUUUUUUGUUUUUGUGAAUGUUUAAAAAUUCAGGUAAUAAGUCCAUGAACACAGAAGGACAUAGAGGGGAAAAAGGGAUUUCAAUGAGUAAUAGUAGUGUUUUCUUUGUUUAGUUUUUGGGUAGUACUGACUUUGUUUUGCUCCAACAAAUGUAUGUAAUAAAAAAAAAGUAAGGAGCUAGUUUAAAUAUUGUGCCAAUAGCACUUAUAAAUUAAUUGUAAAAUAUUUAGGUAAUACAUCGCAAUUUGUAUCGGCCGAUCUUACUUAUGGAUAAUUGGUAUUUGAAUCGAAAGCAUGAAUCACUGAUCUCAGCAUCCCUAUUUAUUUUCUUUUACAGCCAUUUUUUUUUUACAAUAUUUUGGCAUCGUCAAUACCGUAUUUUUCUCUUUUUGACCUAUACAUGUUGUUAAAAUAUUGCAGGCUCAUGUAACUGAUGCCAAAGCUAUAAAUAAUAAUAAUGCAUUUGAGAGUGAGCCCUGCUGGCAUUUUCGGAUCUCUCUGCACAAAGUGUUUUACAGUCUUUUUGAAAAAAGUGAGGUUAAAGUUAAAGUUAAAGUACCAAUGAUUGUCACAAAUUUGUCCUCUGCAUUUGACCCAUCCCCUUGAUCACCCCGUGGGAGGUGAGGGGAGCAGUGGGCAGCAGCGGUGCCGCGCCCGGGAAUCAUUUAUGGUGAUUUGUUGCAUUGACGUCAGCGUGUGCCUGACUUACUUAUAUGAGGAUACCCAUGUAAAUGUUUUAGGCCUGCCCUCUCCCCCACUCUGCCUCAGAAGUUAUUUCGCUGUGCGCUGCUUCUGCUAUUUACAACUAUUACAGUGUUUUAAAUAUCUCUUGAGAAUGUUGACAUUUUCAACAGAUAUUAUGAUACUUUUGUAAUAUUUGCUGUUUACUCUAAAUUCCCACACCGGCAACAUGAAUUGGUAGAGCUUGAGAGCGUUAGCCUGCCCUUUGGAAGUCCUGAGAAUUUUCACCCAUAAAGCUUUCUGUGUGGGUAAUCGUGUGGAGCUGCAAUCAAAUGCAAAGGGUUGAAAAUCUAUGAUACAUCCUCUUUCAAGGGGAACUGCACUUUUUUUUGUAAUUUAGCAUAUUGUUCACAAACAUUAUGAAAGACAUGACGCCAGACAGAUUAAAAAAAAUUAAAAAUUCUAAAUAUUAAAUAAAUCUGAUCAAAACUCUGCUUCCAAUGAAGCCCAUAAAAAACAUCCAAACACCUCCAUUAGGGUUUUAUAUACAUGAUCUAAGUAUAUAUGUAAUGUAGUAGCGGACACAUUUUAUUAUAAUAGGUAAUAUUUUCGUAUUUUGACCAUUUAAGUUUUUUGAUCAUUAAUUUCAAAGUGGAUCACAAUGUUUGAUCUAUUUUUUUCUUCAUCACGGAUUUCUGCUCACUGCAGAUUUUAUAAGAGCCAACAAAGAUAAUAAAACAUCACUUACUGUGCAACGUCAGCUGUCAUUAGGAUGCCGUCUGCUAGGAUGUUUAUAUAUUCCUAUUCAGGUGAAGAAUGACUCAUAAUCCUCACGAAGAAAUGGGGUGGGGUGCGGGGGUGAUGAGACAUGCGCUUUUUGUGUCGUUCUCACCACUUUCAGGUCCUAAAUUGGCUGGGAAAGUGUCUCAACUUGUCGGAUUACCUACUCAGACGUCUCAUGUCCAGUUGUGCUGUGCCUUCCAAGAUGAGCACUACCUCUACAUGGUGAUGGAAUAUAUGCCAGGAGGUGACCUGGUCAACCUCACCAGUACCUAUGACGUGCCAGAGAAAUGGGCCAAGUUUUACACAGCAGAAGUGGUGAUGGCACUGCAUGCUAUUCACUCGAUGGGCUUCAUCCACCGCGACGUCAAGCCAGACAACAUGCUGCUGGACGGACACGGACACCUGAAACUUGCAGAUUUCGGCACGUGCAUGAAGAUGGACUCAACCGGUAUGGUGCACUGUGACACAGCAGUUGGAACGCCGGACUACAUUUCUCCUGAAGUGUUAAAAUCCCAAGGAGGCGAUGGCUACUAUGGGAGAGAGUGUGACUGGUGGUCUGUUGGGGUCUUCAUCUUUGAAUUGCUUGUUGGUGACACACCUUUUUAUGCCGACUCUCUGGUGGGAACCUACAGUAAGAUCAUGGACCAUAAAAACUCCUUAAACUUCCCUGAUGAUGUAGAGAUCUCCAAAGAUGCCAAAAAUAUAAUCUGUGCCUUCUUGACUGACAGGGAGGUGCGAUUGGGCCGGAAUGGUGUGGACGAGAUCAAGCGACAUCCAUUUUUCAGGAACGACCAAUGGACCUUUGACACCAUCAGAGAAACGGUUGCACCUGUGGUUCCUGAACUUAGCAGUGACAUAGACACCAGUAAUUUUGAUGAGAUUGAAGAUGACAAAGGUGAUGUAGAGACGUUCCCUACACCCAAGGCUUUUGUUGGAAAUCAGCUGCCUUUUGUUGGUUUCACUUACUUCAAAGAAGACCAGUUGCUAAGUGCUUCCAACAACUCUUCAGUUAUUAUUGACAAUUCCAAGAUAGAGUCUGCAGCACUGGAGAAAAAGCUUCACCAUUUUGAAGUGCAGCUUAAUAAUGAGAAGCAAGCCAAAGAUGAUCUCGAGCACAAAUUCAGAGCUGCCACCAGUCGUCUGGACAAAAUCUCCAAGGAACUUGAAGAAGAGGUGUCCAGCAGGAAGAAUUUGGAGUCCAGCUUGAGGCAAAUGGAAAGGGAAAAGGCUCUUCUGCAGCACAAGAGUUUGGAAGGCCAUCGCAAAGCUGAGAGCGAGGCUGACCGGAAACGGUGUUUGGAAAAUGAAGUCAACAACCUCCGUGACCAGCUGGAUGACCUCAAACGAAGAAAUCAGAAUUCACACAUUUCCAAUGAGAAGAAUAUUCAUCUGCAGAAACAGCUGGAAGAAGCCAACACAUUGCUGCGGGCUGAAUCCGAGUCUGCGACAAGGCUGCGAAAAACUCAGACAGAGAACAGCAAACAGCUGCAGCAGCUGGAGGUCAACGCGCGCGAGAUGCAGGACAAAUGCUGUCUGCUGGAACGCAGCAAGUUAAGCCUGGAGAAAGAAUGCAUCAGCCUACAGGCGGCCUUGGAGACAGAGCGUAGGGAGCACAGCCAGGGCUCAGAGACCAUCAGUGACUUGAUGGGGCGUAUUUCUGGCCUUGAGGAGGAGGUACAACAGCAGAGACGAGCUCUUUCCAAAGUACAGACAGAGAAGAGACAUCUUCAGGAGAAGCUCACUGACCUGGAGAAAGAGAAGAGCAACAAGGAGAUCGAUUUAACUUACAAGCUCAAGGUGCUGCAGCAGGAGCUGGAUCAGCAGGAGAGUUCUCACAAAGCCACCAGGGCACUGCUGGCUGACAAGAGCAAGUUAAAAGUAACCAUUGAAGGUGCCAAAUCAGAAUCCAUAAAAGACAUGGAACAGAAGCUGGCAGAGGAACGAACAGCCAAACUGCGACUGGAGAACAGAAUACUGGAACUGGAGAAGCACAGCAGCAUGAUGGACUGUGACUAUAAACAAGCUCUUCAAAAGCUGGAUGAAUUGCGCAGACACAAAGACCACCUCACAGAGGAGGUGAAGAAUCUGACGCUGAAGAUUGAGCAGGAGACACAGAAACGUAACCUGACUCAGAACGACUUGAAGGCCCAGAACCAACAACUCAACUCUCUGCGAUCAUCCGAAAAACAGCUUAAGCAAGAAACUAAUCACCUACUGGACAUUAAAUGCAGCUUAGAAAAACAGAACCAGGAGCUACGCAAAGAAAGACAAGACACAGACGGGCAAAUGAGGGAAUUACAAGACCAAUUAGAAGCUGAACAGUAUUUUUCUACACUGUACAAGACCCAGGUUCGGGAACUAAAAGAGGAAUGUGAGGAGAGGAACAAACUCUUCAAAGAAGUGCAACAGUCUGCACAGGAACUACAGGAAGAAAGAGAUUCUCUGGCGGCCCAGCUGGAAAUCACGCUGACUAAAGCUGACUCAGAGCAGCUGGCACGCUCUAUUGCUGAGGAACAGUACUCAGACCUUGAGAAGGAAAAAAUCAUGAAGGAACUGGAGCUGAAGGAGAUGAUGGCCCGUCAUCGUCAGGAAUUGUCAGAGAAGGACAUCACUAUCAAUUUAUUGGAGGAAGCCAAUAGAACUCUCACCAGCGAUGUUGCCAACCUAGCCAAUGAGAAGGAAGAGCUGAACAAUAAGAUGAAGGAGAUCCUGGAUGAAACAGAGAGGUCAAAUAAUUGGGAGCAGCAGAUCAAUCAGAUGAAGAACACAUUUGAAAAGCAGCUGCAGUCUGAGAGGACGCUAAAAACUCAGGCCGUCAACAAGCUGGCAGAAAUUAUGAACAGGAAGGAGGUCCGUGGUGGAAGUAGUCGCCGUGGCAAUGACACAGACAUGCGCCGAAAGGAGAAGGAGAACAGAAAGCUCCAGCUGGAGCUGAGGUCAGAGAAGGAAAAGCUCAACAGCACCAUCAUCAAAUAUCAACGAGAGAUCAACGAAAUGCAGGCGCAAUGGGCAGAUGAGAGUCAGAUGCGAAUUGAACUGCAGAUGGCUCUAGACAGUAAAGACAGCGACAUCGAACAGUUGCGCAAUCUGCUGCAGUCACUCAGCGUUCAGUCAAUGGACUCUGCCAGCAUCAGUAGUGGACCAGAGUUUGAUGCUGACGAUGCGUUUACAGAAACAAGGCUUGAAGGAUGGUUAUCCCUCCCUGUACGAAACAACACCAAGAAGUUUGGAUGGGAAAGAAAGUAUGUUGUAGUGAGCAGCAAGAAGAUUCUCUUCUACAAGAGUGAACAAGAGAAAGAGCAGUCCAUUCCUUAUAUGGUCCUUGAUAUAGACAAACUCUUCCACGUGAGGCCUGUCACCCAAACAGAUGUUUACCGCGCUGAUGCCAAAGAAAUUCCAAGAAUAUUCCAGAUUCUUUAUGCCAACGAAGGCGAGAGCAAAAAGGAGCCUGAGUUUCCUGUGGAGCCUCUACCAAUUGGGGAGAAAUCCAGCUACAUCUGCCACAAAGGUCACGAGUUCAUACCCACACUCUACCACUUUCCUACCAACUGUGAAGCGUGCACCAAACCGUUGUGGAACAUGUUCAAGCCGCCACCGGCUCUAGAGUGUCGGCGCUGUCACAUCAAGUGCCACAAGGAUCAUAUGGACAAAAAAGAAGAGAUCAUAGCUCCAUGCAAAGUAAACUAUGAUGUGUCCACGGCUAAGAACCUGCUGCUGCUGGCCACGUCCCAGGAAAUGCAGCAGAAGUGGGUGAGCCGCCUGGUCAAGAAAAUCCCCAAAAAGCCACCAACACCUGAGAACUUUGCACGCUCCUCGCCACGCGCUUCCAUGAAAGUCCAGCCCAGUCAGUCUAUCAGGAGGUCAAGUCGACCGCUGCCCACCAGCAAGAGCAGGUCAAAUGGCUUUAAAUUGAUGCAAGAAGACUACAGCAGUGGACUUUGGUACAACUAGCCUUGUGCAGAAGGACGGUAGUGCAUCCUGAAGAGGUUUCCUCUUAAAUGGAAAACUGUAUCCUAAGCACACUGAACUUCACUUCCCCACCAAUCCCGCUUCAAAGCCACCACUUCUUUUCCAGAUCAACUUCAUGCAACUCUAAUGGAAAACAAAACAAGCCUUUGAAAAGAACAUUAAAUGUCUGACAGGUAGGGGGCGCUCACACAGAACAAUGAAGGAUCACCACAUACCUCAAGCCGCCAUUGAAGGACCCAAUACCAAAAUUCUGUCAUCUCAUGUUUUCUUUAUUGGGAACUAAAAGUACAACUAUUUAGUCAAGUGAUGUGAAAAAAGGCACACAAAACUCUGUAAUUCGUCGGUUUAUUCCUUGAUCAGUCACCGGUGAACAGAAUCCCCACCAGCCCCACCCUGCACCGUCAGUUUUGUUGUUUACUGAAUUUAAGGAAUGCAAACUUAAUGCUUUCCUUAUCUAAGCUCAGCUCCUGUUGUCGUUUGAAUGUAAAAAAUCUGGGACGUACCAGAAAAGAGACACAAGCAUUGUAUUCCUUCGAUCCAAAUAUACUUGACUGAAGCCCUCUUGUUAUCACAAAUGACUGAAAUACCUUGCAUGGAAACUUUUUUUUUUUUUUUUUAGUCACGCACUUAAAACAUUGUUGACGCAUGAAGAUGUGUAGUUUUGUGUCACUCGACUAUGAAAAGAAGGGAAAUGUACCAAUGAGCAGAUCGUAAUCCAAACAACGUACUGAGUGGCACUAUUCCAUUGAAAACUUUUUUGGUUGUGAUAUUUUUGUAUUAAAAGUAACCAGACGCUA